AUGCAAUUCCCACCAGCAUCCUGCUCCAUCGCAGCCCUUGCGUUCGUCUUUUGGUCAUUUGAUAUUGUCCGUCUGGCUCACGCUGCUCCUGGCUCGCCUGCUCUGCAGAAUAUCCUGAAGAACACAGACCAGAGUGACUUAUACCAGUACAUUCGCACAACUCUUUCCGCCGGGUGUAUCUCAAUUGAGGCAGAUGUCUGGCUAUUCGAUGACACCCUACUCGUUGGCCACGACUUAUCCUCUCUUACUAAAUCACGCACCCUAAAAUCACUCUACGUGGACCCGAUCCUGGAUGUCCUCCGCCGCCAGAACCCACGGAGCCCUUACAUUACCGGAGAAACCAGAAACGGCGUCUACGACACAGAUCCUUUCCAAACCCUCUACCUCUUCAUUGACGUAAAAACCUCUGGGCCAGAGACCUGGCCGCACGUCGUCGCAGCCCUCGAGCCGCUCCGCGCUGCAAACUACCUCACAACCCUCCGCAACAACGACACCCUUACCACAGGCCCCGUUACCGUCAUCGGCACUGGAAAUACCCCACUGAGCCUCGUCGGGCCCGUCCCUGAUCGCGAUUACUUCUACGACGGGCCGCUGGCUGAUCUCCAGAAGGAGGGGUUUCGGGACAUCACAAAGUAUAUAUCACCAAUCGCAUCUACGAACUUUGCAGCAGCUAUUGGCGUGGAUAGUAUUACUCUCUCUCCUAGAGAAGGCGAGAACGAAGGGGAGAAGGACCCCUCGUGGUUGAAUAGCUCGCAAUUAGGGACUUUGAGGGGACAGAUUGAAGCGGCGAAGAAGAAGGGGAUUGGGGCUAGAUAUUGGGGUACGCCUGGAUGGCCGGUGCGCGAGCGGAAUGAGGUGUGGAGAACCUUGUUGAAGGAGGGAGUUGUCUUGCUGAAUGCGGAUGAUUUGGAGGGUGUCCAGGAGUAUUUUUAG